ACUUUGAGCGAAAGAUAUCAAGGACGAUGGCUGAAAUAGGAGAUGCCCCUUUACGGCCCCUCGUGUGAACAGCGAAAGCGAAGCAGCUCCGGGCCGGUGACAGCGGAAGAAGGCCAGAUUGCGUGUGGAUCCCAUCGUCGCGGUGUUGAGUGGACUAAUCGCUGACGGCAUGCGUUCGCCGCUUAUGGGACUGUUGCUGGCCCUGCUCGCGACCACACUAGUUCCAGCGCAUUCUCAACAACAACCACAACCAACCCAGCGCCCAGACUUGUGCGCCGAAAGUGAGCUGCAGGAGGCCCGGACUCUGCUGCGUAAUGCCGUGGCCAAGGUGGGCACCAUCCUACCUGAAAGCAUUCCUGUGCCCGGUGUUUCUUCCUCCGGGUACACCCUGUACAACGGUACUCUAUCACCUCUGCUUCUUACCGACGUCAACGUGACCGCACAGCAAGCCGUAUGUAAGGAUGACGUGCGGCAUUUCCCAUUCUUCAUCGGAGUCGGAACGGAUGCCACUAUGAGGGGCAUUUACCACUACCACUGCGCGGGCAACAACGUGACAACACCUGAAGGUCGUGGGCGAGUGACUGUGACAUUUUCCGGGGUCUCUUUCAAUGGCAAGCUAAUCCAGCAGCUGGUAGGCGAGGGCGGAAGUAGCAGCGUCGGCGGCAGUACCUCCUCGCAACAACCUGUGUGGAGUGUCGCGGUGACCCUGGGAGCGUAUCCUUCGUUCUCAGGCAUAGCCACGAGCCCGCAAAACUCUCAAGUGAGCGGAGUGCCUUACUUCGACAUGAUGCAGGCUGCGGACCGCUGCUUCGUGCCCGUGUUCGCGAAGCUACCCGAAACGCACGUGCUGCCCGCCCUCAAAGAAGCCCUUGGAGCUCAGUAGCUGCGAACGACUACGACGCCUCCAACAAACUUUAUUGUUUGUAGUGGGUCUAUGAGCACUGCCAUUGUCACUGUUUUAUUUCAACUAUCCCAGUGCAACAACGCCGGCCGAGCCCUUGAUCUUUAUUUCUUAAAAAACAACAACUUAUAAAUGUAGUCGGUGCAUUUUUAGUUAAAAUAAUCUGGUAACGUUAGACAAACUCCCAGUGACAUACACAAGAGAAACGAAUACUGCCAAAUAAAAUACAUUUAGUGGCUUGCGCUACAUAGAACUAUGCGUGGCUGGUUGUCGUGUCAAGUGCCACUUUUAGUUUCAGUUAACGUACUGCCUCUAAUUUGCUUUGGUCUAAAUGAUAAAUGCAAUAGGAAAACAGGGAAACAAAAGGGGCAGCCGUGUUUUUACAGAUGCACGAACAAGAAAAUUUUGAGCUUGUAUUCAUGCAUUCCAUGUUAAAUCGUGAACUCACCACAGCAGCCUGGUAAAUUUGAGCGCGUUCAGUGCGGUGGAAAAUUAGGUACUCGAAAUUGUUUUAUCGCAUUUCAACCGUAUAGCAGUCUGCCAACACUAAGUAGUGCAAAGUGAAAUGUACCUACAGAAACCGUUUCUUUGGAGUAACAAAAGACGAUCUCCAAGGCCACGCUUUUGUGGACAGGGGUCACUGGAAGUGAUUGCAGAAACUGCAAAUACUUCGAGGCAGCAAUGCGUUGUUUCGUUUGUAAUUUUGGGUUUCGGCGAUUUGUUACUGCUUUAUUGUCGUGAGUGAAAGAAAUGCUGGCACAUUUUAACAGCGAUGUCGUUUUGUGCCAUUCAGUGCCCGAGCAAGCGUAUUGGGCGGGGCAAAAGACAGAGCGGUGGUCGCUGAUUUGCUGAAGUCAGACAAUCCACGCCAAAAUGGCAGACAGCGAUAUCAAAUAGCAGUUUUGAGUAAAAAUGUGCUCUGAGACUCCAGUUUUUUUUAAUGCAGAUUACCCCUUUACUCUAUGUUAAUGUGUAAUCGAAGGACGACCGUGUAAAGGUCCAUUCAGGAGGAAAAUUGCCAAAAACAAAAUAGUAUUGAGCAGCCUUCUAAGGCACAGAGCGGGCCAGUACCAGAAAUUGUGGAACGUGAGACAAGCCUGAAGAGCUUAGUUCAUAGGGAAUCCGACGUAGUAAGAAUCGCAGCGUACGCUUUAGUGUAACGUACUUACUGCACAAUGACCCACAAAAGGAAAAACUAAUUUUAUUUUCUGAAAUUCGCGACAAGGUCCACAGCACAAAUGUAACCCAGGCAAGAGCUGUCAUUCAACGUUAUGUUUUAGCAUAUGUACAUAUCUUAAGAAUUCAAGCAAUAAAGUCAUGGUGUGUUCAAAACCAUGAUGUUUCAGGCUUUCUUAUAUCGCAAAUAAAAAGGUCUUUAGACCGCACCCAGGAUUCUUUGACCAAUGAUGAUGACGAUGCUUUUACGUUAUCUGAAACGCGGUUUGCAAGAAGCGAACCAUCGUCCAUGCAGGUCACUGGAGCUGACUUUUAUCUUGAAAUGAUCGGUGCUUGAGGAACUCUUAUAUGGCUUUAAGGUUUGCUAAUGAUGAAAGGCAUGUUUGAAAUGCAGCCUGCCUUUGUUACAGUAGGCUCUCAAACAGGAAACAAAAAUUAUCAAGUAUGGCAGUGCCUGCCAAGCGACCGUCCCACUGUGACUUACAAAUUAUACAAUAAAUAUUGGUCCUCUCCCUCCGCUAUUGUCUCUUUCGCUGACAAUGCCGAAAUCUCGCUUAUUUAGGUGCAUACAUAUGGUUUCCAACCAAAAGGCACAACAGUACAGAAAGCUUAAGUGGUUGAGAGUUAGCUCGUUAGCAACAUGCUCAGAGCCUUGUUUCGGAAAUAGCGAAGGCAUCAGUAAUAAUUUGGCACUACGCGCUGAAUAUGCUGGCGCUGAAUAUGCCGACGCCUUGUUAAACAACGGAGCUGUUUAAGCAAGGCGUAAUGUGUCUGCUGAAUCUAAAAAAAAUACCCUUGCCGAGCGAUCAGUCACCUGGAUUUCCUUGCAACCCCUUCGCGGAGGGGCGUGUGCUUCGCCUGUUCUCCGUGCCGUGCACAUGUUGCCUUGACAUGGGAGGUUAAGGAGAGGGAAGGAGAGCGUGCGCGCGGGGCCCGCUAUGCGCGGGAGAGAGAAAGAAAAAGAAAUUGUAUAGACGGUUUUAGUGUUUACAAACAAACCUCGCUUGCCGCUGACUGGUUGCCCCAUCGGAACUUCCGGCAGGAGAUCUAGAACCACUUCCGGCUAUGUUGUUUGAAGGCAUGCGUGACGCGAGGCCGGCGUGUAGAUGUUUGCACUGCUUGGUAGAAUCUGUGAUAAGCUGAUUCUACAUCGUGAAUAUUAUCGAGAUGACGAGCGACUACUUUAAGGCGCUUGGCACCGAAGCAAAAGAUCGGUAUCGCCAAAAGCUGGUGUUUAGAGGCGGAGAGCUGCCCGACCCGCUGGACGAUGAUGUGCGAUUUUCGUUUUCGUCGGGCUCCAAACACUUUCCCUCAGUUACAACACCAGAGCAACAAGCGGAGUAUAUUAGUAAGGACAUGCAAUGAACGCAGACUGUUGUCUUCAGGGCACGUAAUAGGACUGCCGAAAACUCUAAUCUUUUUAAUGGCACUUCUUUCUUCUGUCUGAAGUUUUACGUGCCAAAACUAGUUCUGAUUAUGAGGCUCGCCGUAGUGGAGGGUUCCUGAUUAAUUUUGACCACCUGCAGUUCUUUAACGUGCACUACAACACAAGCACACGGGCGUUUUUGCAUUUCACGAUGGCACUUUUAUUGCUGCAAGAUGGAGGAUGAAGUGGUAAGCUGUGCAUGUGUACAUGCACAUGUUUUCUGCGUCAUAUGCCUUGUUUCUGCUUUUAAAUAUGCAUUCACAGAUAACUGUACAUUCUCAAAAAUCAUGUAUUGCACGACACCUAGGUCGACUGAAAUGGUACUAACUUAAAGGCUCACGAAAUUACCACACUUCUAGCAAAAUGAAACCUGUAGUGUUGGGCACGAGAUUGCAAUCCAUAAUUGGCCUCCGUUAAUUCGUAAAUGUUUUAGAAUGUGGCCGAAACUUCCUACAUGCAUGCACGGAAAUCGCUAGCUUUUCUGCGAUUCUGCUCUGCCGUACCGUUACGAAUGCUCACAUGCCGCCGCGGUGGCUAGGCGGUUACGGUGCUCGGUUGCUGACCCAAAAGACGCCAUUUGGGCCCCGGCCGUCGCAUUUCCAUCGAGGCGAAAUGCUAGAGGUCCGCGUACUGUGCGAUGUCAAUGCAUGUUAAAAAACCACAGAUGGUCGAAAUUAUCCGGAGCCCUGCACUGCGGCGUCCGUCAUAGCCUGAGUCGCUUUGGGAUGGUAAACAUAAUAAACCAAUGCGCACAUGUACCUAGGGUAGUAAAGCUGCAGAAGUGCACUUGUGCCCCAGAUACCAAAAACAAUAAAAUAAAACGGCGGACAGCAUGGCACCCACUAAACAAUAAUUUAAACUCAUGUUCGUAGCAUGGCAAUCCACGCCGAGGCAAGAAACUGGACGAGCGGGCAAGCUCCGGGCAAGAGUCGAGCUGCUCUCGCGUGAGUUACACGACAUACGGCCAGAACAAUCGCGCAGUAACACUUUUAUUAUUUCGCAUUAUAUCAGUCUGGCUACUCCACGUAGUAACGUACAUUGGAUCGAUGAAGUGAGCAGAGCAAAUCUGGGAGCUCUUGGUAGGCUGCCACCUAUCCCGGCGCACCGCUGCUAUCCAGGCGUUUCUCCUGUCAUCCUCGAUAGAAAACCUAAACGUUCGCACUUUCGAAAGGAGGUUGGCUCCUGAACGAAGGCUGCACCCUGGCAUGACACAACACGAACCCAUCCUUGAACGCUUUCACAGGUGAUAUGUACGAUGCGGUAUUCAUUUUCAAGCCAGCAACAGCCAGUAAAACAUCGAUGAGGAGUGAACGUAAUGAAAACAGUCGAUGCUCCAGAGAGCUACUCGCCGUCACGCAACACACUGAAUGCCACAAGUCGCACUUAUAUCGAUUAACCCGAAAAAUAACACAGAAUAUGCACAGGACAAGGGCGCGAGCGAACAAAAUACCAGCAAAAAACGAGCAAAAGAAAUCGCUACCGGAAGUUUCCUAAGGGCGCCGGAUGCCGGCGCACAGCGUUGCCAGAGCGCGGUGGGCGCUGGAUGAAACCGUCUAUAGCAGCGCCAACGAGGCAACGCGCAGAGCUGCUUUUGACGCUCUUGGCGUUUCCCCGUUUUUCGGUGUUCGCGCCAAACGCGCGCGGUGUCCGUGACUGCUGCAGGCGCCGCUGGCGUCAGCUCGGCAGGUUUCGACCAGCCACGCCCUGACCAGCCAUGCCGCGAGCACUAGAAGAAGAAGCCGCUCAUCUUGAAGCACGUCGCGCGGCCAAGCGAGAAUCUGCGCGUCGGCGGCGAGCCGAUUCGGAAUACUGUUACUAGCAGCACUUAACAUUUCCUAGCAAAACGUAGCCAAGCCUAGUAAAACCUGGAAGAAUUUCCUAAUUUCCUAUUGCCACUAAUUCAUACUAAUUAUGGAAAACAAUCUGGAUAUUUCACAGCAUUGUCCACUUGGAACAGCCUCCCACUAGAUGUGAAGCGCUCUUUUUCAUUAGGUCUCUUCAAGAAAACCUUAUUCACUUUUCUACUAGAGAAACGAAAUUGAUCACAUAUUUAGUCUAUUCACUUCACUCCGGCUCAUUUCUCUUUCGUUUCUUUUUCCUUUAUAUGAUUUACAAUUAUGCACACAAUAAACUUUUCUCGUUCGUUUUGUUGUGAAUGCUUUAGCUACUACCAUAAUUGUGCUAAUAGUUAGUGACUCUGCAUUAUUUCCAGUUUGUACUUCAUUUACUUUGCCUAAUAUUCCACUUAUUGAUUACUACAUUGCUGUUUUAAGUUAUGUAUUAGCACAAAUGUAUAUUUUCUGUCAGGAGGUCCCCUUUCAGCUACAUGCUCUGGGACCUCCUUCUGUAUACUUAUGUAAGCUGCAUUCUACUUACGAAAGAAAAUAAACUGAAACUGAA